AUGGCGCAAAUCGCAAAGUAUAUUCGGCGAACCAAGGACCCCGACCUGGCAAGCAAACUCGAGCAGAUGGCACAGCGUUUAUUUCCCCUUGUCAACUUGGAUCAAGGCCUCGUCCACCCUGCAUUCCCACAGACAGUGCUUAGCUUCUGGCUUUUGACGGACGAGCAGCUUCAGUCUCUCGCACAAUUCUAUCACAAGAAAAUUCUCAAUCAGUAUACUGACUUGUACCCGUGCAAAAUCACAUGGAGACAUAAUAUGUCGCAUGAGGAGAAACGCUGCGAAAUGGGCACGUUUAUUGGCCUCCCAGCUCGCGACCUGUACAUCCAACAGAAAAGCGACGAGGGAGUCCAGGCUGAGGCUCGAAGAGCAAGACUCGCUGCGGAGUAUGAUAAACAGCGACGGAAGCUGUACUACUGUGGUCCCUGA